AUGAAGCUCACCGUGAACGUGAACCUGCUCGCCGUCGCUGGCCUCUUCAGCGCCGCUGGCCAAGUGUGUGGCAAAUGGCUGCAGACAGAUGCGGACCUCAACUACUGGCAGUUCUGCCGCUCGGACGGGUCGCACUACGACACGUCGCACUACGACACGUCGCACGUGUGUUUCUCCGCGCCCUCGGACUCGUUCGCCCGACAACUGGCUGGUCAGGACGGCUGGAUCGGCUACCUCGGCCAUGAUCUCAACCAUUUCGUCGUACCAUAUCAGAGCGGCCAGGACGAAGUGAAGCUUGUAGGCAACAAGUUUGUCGUCCACAUCUCCUAUUGGAUCACUUCGCCGGGCUACGCUUCGUACGAGUGCGCCAUCGUCUCAGUUCGCAGGCGCGGAGGCACACACGAGGGCGCUACGAUUGCUGACCAGCUGGUCUGCAAGGGUCAGAUGAUGAACCUUCCCCAGGAGAUGGCCUGA